UUGGCCGCCGCGCAACUUCCGGUCACCACAAAACUUGUGCCAUUCAGGUGUAUUCAGCAGCUCCCUUUCUCGCUGCUGCCCGGAUUAUAUCUGCCAUCUUUCAUCACUCGUCUACGUCAGCUGCGAUAAUCAUGGUUGGAGGAGGUCCCGUUCCGAUUGCACAGAAAUACUCCCUCAGGUCCCAGGGAAUAUGGGAGAAAAUAAGAAAACUGCUGGCUAUGGUGCCCAACCGAUCCACCGGUAACCCGCUCGUCCCCUACUACCGCGUGCCUUCCACCGGCUCACAUCCUGAUGCCGAGCUCUACCGCGACCCGACGACUCUUCCGGCCUCGGACAUCGUGAACAACCCUUACUACAAGCGCGACACUCGCCGCGCGUACCCUAGAAUAGCAUCAUACGGCCAGUCAGAUAUCGGUGGCCUACUUCUCUACGGCUCUGAGGCGACUCCCCGCAUCGCGAAGGGAGAUGCUGGUCAGAAGGCGCUUACGACCGUGAAGGAUGGAUCUUUGAGUCUUACUGCUGCGCUUGCGUCUGUUCCGAAGGAAGUUGUUUUUGGUGAAGUUCUCGCCAAGGACGGGCAGCCGCCAUACCCCGCACCCUUGACUAAGAAGACUACGUGGAAGCUGCUUGAGGAGCCGGAGAGUGGAAUGUAUCCGGACAGCUACCCGGUUAGAACGUUUACUUAAAGGUUUGGUUUAGGAGUCAAAUGGAGACAUUAAUUUGCAUGUGAAAGCUAGAGAAAUGUUAAGAGUUAUUUACACUAUGUUAAUAUCA